CUCAUCUGCAAACUACGUAGCAACUCCCUGCGCGCUCUGAAACUUAUCGCCCAGCAAAAGUGGGGCUCAGCCCCGCCCGCCGCAACCUUUCAUAGGCUUCAUAGGCUUCAGGGGCGCAUGGAAGGCUGAACGGCCUUGAUGUACAGCAAGGCUGCAGAAUGGCGUGGAACAGCUUCCUGAAAGGCUGACUCAUGGCCCUGCAAUAACGGCGUCGCGAGCUGACCCUGGCCCUGAACUGCGGCAGCAGCGGCGUCACGUGCACUUACGAGUGCAACGCCGCUGCUCCCGGACAGCGCCGAGCAGCGCGCUUAGCAACAAGGCUUAGCUGAAGGCUCAGCGUCAGAAGGCUCUGGUAUGGCGGACGCAGCGUCAGGCGCUUGGGAGGGCGCGGCGCCCGGCGCCUUGGCUGACGCGGCGACAGGCACAGGGCCACGGGCAGGCACAGAGCCGCCGGAGGUGCAGCAACGAGGGCAUCCAGCAGACGCGCUGCCAGGAACUGCCACCGCCAUCGCGGCGCCGCGGUGUGCCGUGCCCUGCCGCAGGCAGCUGCUGCUCCAGGAGUACCAGGCGUUCCUGGUGACGGCCGGCGGCAGCGCUCCCGACAUCUUCCGUGGCGACGGCCCCUGGGUGCGGCUGCACGUCGGGCAGGACAAAGUCCAGAACAAGCACCUGCUCGAGAAGAUCUUUCCAGAGAUCAAGACCGCGGCAGAGCUGUCCAGCUCACGCUGCGUCUCCAAGCUGGUCACUGUGUACGCCGAGGUGCCGGCGACGGUGGCGGCAGCAGCAGCAGCGGCGGCAGCGGCGGCGGCACUGGAGGCAGCGGCGGCACCGAAUGGUGCGGCGGCGGUGUCGCCGCCGGCCCCAGCACCAGUACCGGCAGCGGCACCGGAAGGUGGCAGCGUCGUUUGCGGCGCACCGGCAGCGGACGUGCACAUGUUGCUGCAGCCCUACCAGCUGGCGUUGCGCCUGGACUACAGGGAGGCCAAAGCCCGGGGGAGGCACUACAUUUGGCAAAUGGACCGCAUGUGCAGGGAGCUUGGCUGGAGGGGCAACGCCGUCCUUGCGCUCACGAGGGAGCCGCUGCCGCCGCCGCGGGCGGCUUGGCUGCCCAGUGCGGACAGCGGUGGUGGCAGCAGCAGCGGCAACGUGGACCCAUCGGCGCCGGUGCUCCGGCUGAUAGAGAACGGCAACGGCCAGCUGCGGGCCGCCUCGGCCAAGGCCCUUGCCACCAAGCGCCAGAAGCACGUGGCACGGCUGCAGCGGCGCUUCGCACUGCACAGCUCGUGGGUGGUCGCCAAGGUCAGCGCGGACUUGCUGAGGGGCCAGGAGCUGCAGUUCACCGCGCAUGUGGGCGCAGCUGAGGGCUGGCUGCGCACCGCGCAACACGAGCAGCUGCAGGUGCGGCGGCUGCUGGAUAGUGCCGGCGGCGGCGGCGGCGGCGGCGGCGGCGGCGCAAGGAGCGGGUGGUGGCCCACCGCCGCCCACGUUCGCGCCAGUGACGGCGGCGAGCCCGACAAAUUCAUUGUGACGCCUGGGCUGAGGCCGGCGCUGCUGGAGGCGAAGGCGGCGGCCGGUGACGCGCUGGUCCUGUCGCCUGUGUACGGAGCUGUCCGGAGUGGCGCCGCCACCAUUAGCAGCAGUGGUGGCGGCGCCGGCAGCCCAGCGGACAGCAAAGGUGUCAGCGGUGAGCCUGGCGAGGCGACUUGUGGGGCGCUGCUGGAAGCAGGCAGCAGCACAGCAGGCGGCGGCGCAGGCGGCGGCGCGGCUGGCGGCGGGGCAGCAGCGGCGGCGGGGCCACGUGCAGGCUUCGGCUCGCAGCGCACCGUAAUCGCUGUUGACGUCCGGCUGUUGAAGAAGGCGGAAUGGCGCCGGGAACACCCGUCCAUCGGAGCUUCUGGCGGCUUCCAGAGGGUCAUGCUUGCCUCGCGCGUCCGCCGCAAACAGCAUGGCGGUCGUGAGGCGACGCCACAAUGGCAGCCGGAUGGGCCGCCGCGGGUGGCGGCCAGCCCUGCUGCUGCCGGCGGCCUCUUGCCUGUGGAGACGGCAGCGGCAGGUCCAGCAGCAGCAGGCCAGCCGCUGGAGCCACUGAGCGGCCUGCUGAAGCGCACCGCGGGAGAGGCGGCACUCGGUGGGCCGCCGGCGCCGCCGCCGGCGCCCCCUGUGCGCAGGGGCAUAGCAGCUGGCAUACGCAGGCUUGCAGGCGGCGUGCCACGCCUAUCAGACCCGGCCGCUGCAGCAGCUCCGGCGGCAGCUACAGAUUCGCAGCUGCCGGUUACCGCCGCUAGCCCCAAGCCGCCAGUGGCAGUGCCUGGGGUGGACGCGCGACCAGGGCGGCUGCCGCAGCACAUGCAACCAGUUGCGGCGCUGGAGCGACCACCGCCUGCACCGGCAGUAGGCAGGCAGCACCAUGCCACACCGCCGGCUCUUUCGCUGUCGCCGGCGCCUCCGCCACUGCAGCCAUCCGCACCACUGCCGCCAUCGCCAUCUGCCCAACCAAGGCAGCAGGCGCCACGACCGCAGCAAACUCGCUCAGUUGCAGCAGCCGGCGGGGGCCUGCUGCUGCAACCCGCGGCUCAGCAACCUCAGCGGACAUUCCUGCCAAAGGCCGGCCCCAUUGCGACCGCAGCAGCCAAGGCCCGGGCGCUGGGGCUGGCGUCGCCACUGCGGACCGUGGCAUCUGCGGACGCAUCGGCCAGCGUGAAACCGGAGCCGCAUGACGACCCCGGCUGGCGCCGGCAGCAGCUGUUCCUGCAGCAGCAGGCCCUGCCGCCGCCCACGGACUACACCACGGAACGCUUCACGUCGGCCGCCGCCUCGGGCACGGCGGCGGCGGGGGCGGUGGGGGCGGCGGCGGCAGACGCGGCCGCUUCCGUCAAGGAAGAGGUGCGGUCGCCGGGGGCUGGAGUCGUCACGGGCUGGUUCGGGGCGGACGCGGCUGGCGCGCGCAGGCGCUUGACCGGCUGCUGCGGGCCCAUGCGCAUGAAACAGGAGGCACGUGGCGAGGAUGUCGUGCGGGUCAAGCAGCAGGCGCGGGAUGAGCCGACGGGGUGGAUGGAUGCGCAGAGCAGCAGCGACGGAGAGGCAGCGGACGAGUCCUCAGAGGAGGGCGACUCGGAGUCAGAGGAAGAGGAGGCGUCACAGGCAGAGGAAGAGGCAAAUGCGGCAGGGUUCGUGCCGAAGGUGGAGCUGCUUGACGACGAGGACAGCGAGCGGCUUGGCCCCAGCAGCGACUCCAGUGACGUGGGCACCAGCGAUGAUGACGAGCAGUGGGAGCCGCGGCCCGCCUGCUUAAAGGCGCCGGCGUCACCAACCCGGCAGGGCAAGGGCCUCGUGCAGCGGUUGCCGGCGGAAGCCACCUGCGGCGACAAGCAGGCUGCUGCUGGGUCCCCGCAGCCGUUGCUGGCGCCCUCCGGGUUCCGCUGCAGCGCCGCAGACGGGCAGGAGGAGGCGGAGGAGGCGGAGGAGGAGGAAGAGGAGGAGGAGGCGGAUCCCUCGCCCCCCACUGCAGGCAUAGCCGCUCCACUGGCAUCCAACGACAGCCGCAACUGCUGUGGAGAUGCCAGUGCCGUGCGGUUCUUGGCCGCUGCGUCGGCGCCAGGCAGCGCGCGGCUGUGGUUGCCGGCCUCGCAGCCGUGCGGCGGCAGUAGCCUGCCGCUCCCACCCAGCAGCAUGCAAGUGCAGUUGUACUACACACACGCACAGGAGGGCGGCCAGCAGCCAACCAGCUGCCAGGGGCAGGACACCGACCACCUUGCGCCUCCCUCAGCUCCUCAACGCCACCCCGCCUACCCGACCAGCGGCAUUGUCUUGCCGGCAGGGGAGCAAGUGUCACUGCCGCCGCUGCAGCCCGGCGAGCUGCGGCUGUGCGGCCUAACCUUCCACCCGGAGCUGGCGGCAGGCGUGUCUGCCAGCAUGCGGCAGUGGGAGGACGGGCUCCGCUGCCCUCUCGCCAGCACGGACCCGGCCACCCGGCAGAUCCGCAUCUGCGGUGUGCCGGCGGAGGGAGCGGGGGCCGCGUUUGGCCCGCACCGCCUCAAGCGCAACCUCAUCUGCAGCCGCCUCGCGCACUACCUGGGCUUGUCCGGCGAGCACGGCCGCAGCGAUGCGCCCCUGCCACAGGGGCCGCUAGGCUUGCUGGGGGUCGAGCCCUGCCCUGCUGCCCCGGAGGGUGGCGGCCUGGGCCUCGCCGCGGCGGCGCCCCUUCAACACAGCGCGGUGAUCGGCAUCCUGGGUGGCUAUGUGCUGCCUGCUGAGGCGGCGGCGGCCAUGACACUGAACGGCUUCAGGGACCUGCCGGCGCAGUCGCGCUCGGCACUCAAAGCAGCAGCGGCCACGGCGGCCGCUGUAAGUGGCGGCAGCGGCGGCGGCGGCGUUGGUCACAGCCCCGACCCUGCGGACGCAUGGAAGCUGCUCGCGUGUUCUUACCUGACGCCGCUGCCUCCAGCAGAUCCAGAGCUACCGGCAGCUGCCGCAGACGCCGCCGCUGGGCCCGACGCGACGGCCUCUGGCCCUCAGCACCGGGCGGCAGCAUCGCAGCGUGUGCUGUUCAUGCUCGGCUACGGCAACCUGGCGGCGCUGAUCAACGACCCCCGCGUGGAGCCGCGCGCCUGGGUGGAGGGCAACGACGUGGAGGACGAGAGCGGCGUGGCGGAGAUGAACGCCAACUGCGCGGUGCUGCCGGUGUGUGUUCGCGGCCUGGUGCUGCCGGUUCUGGUGGCCACACGCAACAUCAAGCCUGGAGAGCAGCUGCUGCGGGACUACGGUGCGCCCUGGUGGCGGCAGCUGGGCGAGGCGUGGGAGGUGCUGGAGGAGGGCGACGGCGUGUCGCUCGGCGCAUUGCUGCAUGCAUGUGGGCCCCUCAGGCGCCCGCCGCCGCUGCCGCACCAGCAGCGGGAGGGGGAGCAGGAGGGUCAGCAGGAGGAGCUGCAACAGCACGUGGAUGAUGCACCUGCUGCGCCGCUGGCGCCCGGCGCCUUGCACCAACUGCCAGCGGUGCCUUUGGAGUUGCCGGGGGCCAGUGGAGACGCCUGCACCGGGCCCGUAGCCACGGUCACAGCGCAUAUCGCAGCAGAUCCAGCGACGCCAGACGCAGUGGUAGCGCCGUGUGCUGAGGCGGCGCAGGCGGCUGGUUCAGCCAACAACCAGGUGGCUCAGCCGACUACCACCACACGCUGCGCGCUGACUCCGCGUCCGAAGCCUGACCCGCUGCCGCCGCAGCCUCGGCGCAAGAACGAGCGGGCUCCACCGCCGCCGCGUUCCCAGGCGCCGGGAGAGUGCCUACCUCCCCCACCGGCCCAUCCUUCUCCGCCGCCUUCGUCAGCUGUUUCGCCUGCAGUUGCGUCCACACCGGCAACCCGGUCUGCGCACACCGUUGGGCCUUCAGCCACCAACCCAGCAGCUACUGAGCACACGGAGCGGAAUGCUUGCGGUGCCGUGCCUGUUGCCAGCCUCCCAUGUAUGCACGUGCAGAAGCAGCAACUGCGGAACCAGCCAUCGCCUGAAGAUGCAGCUCAGGAUCGGGUGCAGAUGCGGCGGCCUGGAGCGCCCGCAACGGUGGCAGCAGAGGGGCAGCAAUGCCAGGCUGUCGCGAGCAGCGCGGCGGCGUCGACGCCGGGCGUGGCCAGCUCUUGCAGGGACGGUCCAGCUGCCGCCCCCUUUCAGCUGCAACAACAGCCACGGGAGUGCAAACGCAAGCAGCGGCACGCGCCGGACCCGACACCGGGGGCAGCUGCCGACGCACAUCCUCAGUUGUCGCCACGGCGGCGAUCAGCUGAGCCGGAGACGCGCGCCGACCGCAGCUCUGGACAGAAGCGGCAGUCCGAGACGGAGCCGGGCAACGGCACCAGCAAGCGCAUGCAGCAGCGUGGCAAGGAGCUUCGGCAGAGCAGUGUCAAGCCCAGUGCCAAACAGGCUUGUAGUCGUAGCUCCGAGCGCGGUGACAAGGACAACCACCAUCGCCACCACUCGCGCAGUCGUGGCCGCAACGAGCGCAGCCGCAGCCGCAGCCGGGCACGCAGCUCCAGCCGCGGUCGCGGUGACAGGUGGUACCGCGGCCACACCUACGAGCGGCACGCCAGGAGCCGCAGCCGCACCGCAGGACGCCAGAGCACCAGCCCACACCGUCGUGGCGGCAGCCGCGAACUGGGACAAGGCCGCAUGCGCCGGAACCCCAGCCCUGACCGGCGGGAUAAGCGACGCCGCCAGAGCGCGAGCAGCAGCAGAGGCGGUUGCGACGGGCCGGCGCCCCGCAGGCACCUACAAGAUGCUGAGCACUCGGGCGACAGGGAGACUCGCAUCAGGCGGCUGUCCGAGCGCAGCCGCCGCAGCGGCCGCAGCCGCAGCCGCAGUCGGAGCCGCAGCUGCAGCCGCAGCAGGAGCCGCAGCUGCAGCCAAGGGCAAGAGCAGCGGCGGCGAGCGCGUUCUCCGCGCCCCGGUCACGACGACGACUGGGCAGCUGCGGCGUCGCCCGCCAAGCGCCACAGCGGCAGUGACCGUGGCGCCGACAAGGCCAAGGGUGCUGUUGUAGCGCCUGCGCGCCUCAGUAGUCCUGACCACACGUCAGCCGCUAGAGACCGCCGGCUGGGGCACGCGCGGAAGGAGGAGGAGGAGUGGAUGAGCUUCCCGCUGCCGCCGAGCUCCUGCGACCCCGCAUUUGAAGGUGUCACCAGCAUGCAACCGCUGAAGGGCGCGCCGGGGCGGCCGGUGCUAAAUGGCAUGCUGGAGGCCCUGGGCCGCGUCGAGGCGCUGCCGCAGCUGCGCAACAUCUGGUACUUGCAGCGAGCAGCGCUACUGAACGAGCGGCUCGACUGCCUGGGCAUGGCGGCUGUGCUGGCCGCGAAGGAGCUCGUGCGCAGGGGCGUGCUGAAGCUGGAGCAGCUGCGGGGCGACGGCGGAGUAGCACUGCAGCUGCGGUGCUUCCCCGUGCGCGGACUGGUGCUGAGGGUGUCAGUGCCGGGCGACAGCAACAGGGAGAGCCUGCGCGCGUCGGAGUGGUCGUGGUCGGCACUGCGUGUGAGCGGCUCGUACCGGGAGAUGCUGCAGCUUGUACGCAUGUCCGAUGCGGCCACCUGCGGAGAAGUCCUGGAGUGGGUCGCGAAGCUUGCGGAUGACACGCCGGAUGUGUGCAUCGAGCUGCCGCGCGCGGUGGCAGCAGCGGCGUCAGCUGCCGUUACAGCGGCGGCAGGAACCAGAGAACCUGGCAGGGCGCAUGGCGGAGCACCAGCGGCGGCAGCUAGUGAAGUGGCCAGUCGCCGCCGCGUGCACGUGCCGCUGAGCACAGAAGAGAUUGGCCCCAUGUACUACAAGGAAAUGGCUUCUUAAUGUUUGUGCGUGUGUGGUGGUCAAACACCGGUCUGACGCAAGCAGGGCUGCAUAAGUCCUGGAUUCAGCAGGAUGUGUGGACAGGCGCCAAGGGCCUAGACGCGGCUUGAGGUGUGCCGCGUACAGUGAUGGAGCCUGUGCGCGCAAGUUCGAAGUGCGGAAGUUGGCGAGGUUGAGUUCACUGGACAGCGUGCCGUGCACACGGAUGUACACACUGUGCUCCUGCGGUGCUGACACAUGUAGGCGGAGAGGAGAGUUACUGAGGAUUUGAUUUAAGUGCUCCAGAUGUUCCGGACGGUGGCUGCAAGGUUGCAGGACGGAGAGGAUUUGUUUGCCCGAGCGCGAUGAUGUAGGUGGUGUGUGGGCUGUUGCUGCAGGUGCCUGCAGGUGCGGUGCACCCGCUGACCCAGGACUGACCGAUUGGGCUAUGUGGGAAUACCUACGGAGUUUACUAUCAUAACUCCUGUAAUUCCCUUCAGUCCAGACCUACGAGGAGACCGGGGGACAGAGCAGAUGUCUAAACAUGUCGCAGGCUCGCGGCACCUUGGCCGGGCUGGGUUUGGCGGCGGGUCAGUUAUAAGUACACAGGCAUCUAGGAGCCCUACUGAUUCAAAAUCUAUGGGCCUCUGGCGGUUCGCGGUGUUGAAUGUCCAACAUCGGGGGGGGGACUGUCUGGAACCUGUGGCGUGCCAGCGGUUAGCCACGGGUCAACUGCGCCAUGGCAUAAGCGACAGGAGAU